AAUAUGUAAAGCACACUAUUCCUAAUUCCACUCACACUAUAAUAUCCUCACACCCCAACAAAAUUUGCAUCAUUAAAUUAAAUUAACCAUUGAAAAAUACAACACUCUCUCCCUCUUCUUCAACCAACUCACUCUCUCUCCCACAAUUUUCCUCUCUCUUUAUUUUUGCAAUUUUCUCUCAAAUGGGCAUCAAAAUAUUCAUGUUUACCUUCAUGGUAACCUCAAUAUUAUUCUUUUUUCUCUUCAUCCCAACAAGACUAACCCUUCAAAUCUCAACCUUGAAACCUAGUGCUAUGGACUACUUCAAUGUCCUAAGAACCAACAUAACAUACCCAAUUACUUUUGCUUACUUGAUCUCUGCAUCCAAAGGUGAUACUUUGAAGCUCAAAAGGUUGCUUAAAGUGUUGUAUCAUCCAAAUAACUACUACUUAAUUCACAUGGAUUAUGGUGCUCCAGAUGCAGAACAUAAAGAUGUGGCAGAAUAUGUGGCUAAUGAUCCUGUUUUUAGUCAAGUUGGGAAUGUUUGGAUUGUUGGGAAGCCUAAUUUGGUAACUUAUAGAGGACCAACUAUGCUUGCAACUACUCUUCAUGCUAUGGCAAUGCUUCUUAAGACAUGUCAUUGGGAUUGGUUUAUUAAUCUUAGUGCUUCUGAUUAUCCAUUGGUUACACAAGAUGAUCUGAUCCAAGUUUUUUCUGAGGUGCCAAGGGAUAUUAAUUUCAUACAACAUAGUAGUCGUUUGGGUUGGAAAUUCAAUAAGAGAGGGAAGCCAAUGAUUAUAGAUCCGGGACUUUAUAGCCUCAAUAAAUCAGAUAUUUGGUGGAUCAUUAAGCAAAGGAAUUUGCCAACAUCUUUCAAACUAUACACAGGUUCAGCAUGGACAAUAGUAUCAAGAUCAUUUUCUGAGUAUUGCAUCAUGGGAUGGGAAAAUCUGCCAAGGACUCUACUCCUCUACUACACUAACUUUGUCUCAUCACCAGAAGGAUAUUUCCAAACAGUAAUAUGCAACUCACAGGAGUACAAGAACACCACUGCCAACCAUGAUCUUCACUACAUUACUUGGGACAAUCCUCCAAAACAACACCCUAGGUCUCUAGGACUUAAAGAUUAUAGGAAAAUGGUUCUGAGUAGCCGUCCUUUCGCUAGAAAAUUCAAGAGAAAUAAUAUUGUUCUUGAUAAAAUUGAUAGAGAUCUUCUGAAGAGGUAUAAGGGGGGAUUUUCUUUUGGAGGGUGGUGUUCUCAGGGUGGAAGGAACAAAGCAUGUUCAGGUUUGAGAGCUGAGAAUUAUGGUUUGCUUAAACCUGGUCCUGGCUCAAGAAGGCUCAAGAAUUUGUUAAACAAAAUUCUCAUGGAUAAAUUUUUUCGCCAAAUGCAGUGUAGGUAAACAUUUUUUUGAUAUAAAUCGGGUAUCACACCGCUCAAGUUUGAGACCUUUGAUUAAGCUAGCUGGUUGAGAUCGGUAUUGUCUCGUCUAAAGUCCAAGCACUUUUUUUGCAAGUGUAGGUAACCAUUUGAUUUCCAUUUAAUUGAUCACUUGUAAAGACAAUAUACAAAAUAUUAGGUUGAUAAUUGAUUUUUUUUUUUUGUUUUCAGUUUUGAUUUUUGUUAAUUUGCUCUACAAUUAUGGGUGGGAACAAUGAAUAGAACCCUUCACUACCCACAUAAAUACGCAACCCUUAUAAAUGAAUAAACACUCCCCCUUAUCUCUA